UAGACCAAGAAGACAAGGGUAAAGGCUUAAUCAGAAAUCAGAAUUAGGGUUCCAAAUUCCGAUCAUGGAGGGAUGGGAUCCGACAACGAAGUCAUCGCUAACGCAGAUCCCGCUUCUGACGAUCAAGGCAGGGCCGAGGGACGGCACUGCAUGGACGCAACGUCUGAAGGAGGAAUACAAGGGUCUAAUCGCGUACACAGCCAUGAACAAGUCCAAAGAUAAUGACUGGUUUCGGAUCUCUGCUGCUAAUCCGGAAGGAACUAGGUGGACUGGAAAGUGCUGGUACGUUCACAACCUCCUCAAGUAUGAGUUCGAUCUUCAAUUCGAUAUUCCCGUUACUUAUCCAUCUACUGCCCCUGAGAUCGAGCUGCCCGAGCUCGAUGGCAAAACUCACAAGAUGUAUAGAGGAGGAAAGAUUUGUUUGACAGUGCAUUUCAAGCCCCUUUGGGCUAAGAACUGCCCUAGAUUUGGUAUAGCUCAUGCUCUUUGUCUGGGACUUGCGCCAUGGCUUGCAGCAGAAGUGCCGGUUCUUGUUGAUUCUGGUAUGGUUAAGCACAAGGAUGAUGUUGCCACUUCUAGUGAGCCUUGAUGAUGCAAUGUUCUUUGUUUUAUAGGCCUACAUGUUUUGAGAGAAAAAAUAAUAAAUACCAAACAAAUACUAAGUUGUAACUUAAGAAACAUCAUGGGUAUGCAAUAUUUUGAUUAAAUACAUGUAGAAACAUCCUUUUUUU